CCGCGCAUGCUCCCUAUGAAGAUGGAGGCACAGCUCCCCAGAUCCUAGCCUGGGGCUGGCGCGGGCCCUCUGGCUGACUGCCCCCUGAACAACCCUCUGCAGCUGGAUUCCAUGAACGCCUGGCAUGAACCGCAAGAAGCUGCAGAAGUUAACAGAAACUUUAACGAAAAACUGCAAGCAUUUUAAUAAAUCUGAAGUGAAAUGCCUUAUAGAUCUUUUUUAUACCUUGGUGGGAGGCAUAACAGAAAGGCAGGGUACAGUCGUUGGACUUGAUCGUAACGCGUUCCGGAACAUCCUGCACACAACAUUUGGAAUGACGGAUGACAUGAUCAUGGACAGAGUAUUCCGAGGUUUUGAUAAAGACAAUGAUGGCUGUGUAACCGUAUCAGAAUGGGUUUAUGGAUUAUCACUGUUUCUUCGAGGAACUUUAGAAGAAAAAAUGAAAUAUUGCUUUGAAGUGUUUGAUCUCAAUGGUGAUGGAUUCAUAUCAAAAGAGGAGAUGUUCCACAUGUUGAAGAACAGCCUUCUCAAACAGCCAUCUGAGGAAGACCCUGAUGAAGGGAUUAAAGAUCUGGUGGAAAUAACCCUAAAGAAAAUGGACCGAGACCAUGAUGGGAAGUUGUCUUUUGCAGAUUAUGAACAGGCUGUAAGAGAAGAGACUCUUCUACUAGAAGCUUUUGGACCUUGCCUGCCUGACCCAAAGAGCCAGAUGGAAUUUGAAACCCAAGUCUUCAAAGACCCACAUGAAUUCAAUGACAUGUAAAUCUUUCUAUGCCUGUUGCCUCAAUGAGAAGGAGCAGAAACAUAUGAGUACACUGUUUAAUGUAGAACCAUGACAUUGAGUUGUGUGUUUGGUGAGAGGGUGAAGUUCACUCACACAUUAGCCCCCCCCCAAUCCAGUGAGGAUGUAAGUAAAAUAGAUGGAAGAUAAGAAUUUUUUUAAUGAGAUGCUGGCUUUGGCAAGACAAGUAACUAACUGUUGCUGGAGAUAGUGUAUCACAUCCACUAUCUGUUGAAGCAUAAAACUGUCAUGAAACAUUUGUAUUAGUGAAAUGAAGGGAGCAGUUAUAUAGCCAUCAAUAAUUUAAAAAAAUAGUCUUCAUGUCAGAAAGAUGUUAGUUGUAUUUUUAAAAAAAUAUAUCACAAACUGUGCUGCUGUGAACAUAGGUGUUUGACUGCCCAGGAUGCAGUGGUGAAGAGAGACAUGGGUUGGUGGUAGGCACAGUACACAGAAAUGUAUCAUAGGGAAAUGAGAAACUUUACUCAUGUAUCAAUAACUGUCUUGUAAGUAACUAUUUCCCCCAAUAAAAUCAUUUGGAGAAAACUA